AUUGGCUUCAUUACUUUAUUUCAUUUUAAAAAGUAUAGAAUUGUUCAUUUCACAAAAAAAACUUUGUUUCAUUACCUUUAAAAUAUAUUCAACCAUAUUCAAAACUAAAAACGUAACUGCCUAGCAUUUUUCCCUUUCUUGAGCAAUGUCCAAACUUCUGAAUUAUACCAUAUUUCAGCUUUUGUUCAACUGGCUUUCCACAUCAACCAAGAUUCCAGACUACCAUUUUUUAGGUAUGGGCGUGGCAGGCUCAGGUUCCUUCCCAUUUCGGCGUGUGGCGUGGAGGAGCCGCCCCGCUGCAAACAUACAUUUGAGAUCAGCAGCAUUGCAUGCAUCAGCGUUGCUGGGCCUGGUUGAUCCUCUGCAAUGUUGCCGGUCCAUUGAUAUAGUACUACUUUUGUUGUUGUGUUUUGUUUCUCAUGUCCUUCUUGAAACAAUCAUGAAUUCUUUUUAAACUACAUUCCGGUGAAUUGACGAUGUUAAGCUACUGUUUGUCGUUCUUGUUUGUUGGUACUUUUGCUCAUUUUUCACAACCCAUUUUCCUCCAUUGGGCAUCGACCCUCGCGCAACGUGCGGGCCAAUGCUAGUAUUAAGAUAUACC